CGGAAAGGCGCUGAUUCAUUGCCAGGCACAAUUACUGUAAACUUAAAUAUUAAACACAAUAAAAUAAGAACAGAAAGCCCCUUUUCUUUAGACGCCCUUGCUCCCUUCUUACACUGACAGCAAGUUUCCAUCUGCGAAUUAAAGCGAGGGAGUGUGCUGUGUUUGCAGAACAGCCUUUCAGAAGGGACACGCCCUUAAGCUUGUGUUUCAAACCAAUCGGAAGACAGGAAUAUCCUGGCUUCAACACUUGCCACUAAACCGUGCCUUCUUAGUGAAUAUACACGCCCCACUUAUACAACUGACCAAUCAGUGUAAAGGAUACGCGCCUAUAUGCCACGCCCACUAUCGAUUCCCCACCUUCUUUGCUCAAACUGCGCACGCCUUAUUUGUAAUGAUGUCCAAUCAGUGAGCAGGAGCUUCUUGGCCUCGCCGCAACCCGCCCCCGUAGCCCCGCCCUCUUAGUUUCAGGGGAAAGUUUGGAAAACAAGUUCCUUAUGGAAGUGUAGAACUGCGCGUUCUACAAUUUGGGAAUGUUAAGACUGUACUUGCAAGGAAUUUCACUGGAUAGAAAUGAGUAAGCCUGGGAAGGGGGACCCCCACACCUUCAAAGAGAAAUUCUUCAAGAAGAAACGCCUGUGCGGAGUGUGCAAGCAGCCGAUCGAGAGCCAGGGGUCAUUCUGCAGAGUGUGCAAAACGGCGACCCACAGGAAAUGUGAAGCCAAGGUGUCCACUUCCUGUCAGCCAGCUCCCCCCUCUGACCUGCAGCGCAGAGGCACGGCCCCAGCGAGACACAUCCAACACCUGGGGUCAACAAAAUCCCUGAACUACACCAAACAGAGGAGCACGCUUCCAAGGAGUUUCAGUGUGGACCGGGUGAUGGACAGGGUGAUGGAGCAGAGCUAUGACUUCGACCUCACCUACAUCACGGAGCGCAUCAUCUCCGUCUUCUUCCCACCCGUGCUGGAGGAGCAGCGUUACCGCGGCAACCUCAAAGAGGUGGCGUCCAUGCUCAAAUCCAAACACGAGGACAAGUACCUGCUCUUCAACCUGUCUGAGAGGAGGCACGACAUCGGCCGGCUCAACCCCAAGGUCUAUGAUUUUGGCUGGCCCGAUCUCCACGCUCCCCCCCUCGAUAAGAUCUGUGCAAUCUGCAAGUCCAUGGAGACCUGGCUGACCUCUGACCCCCAGCAUGUGGUCGUGCUGCACUGCAAGGGGAACAAAGGAAAAACAGGAGUGAUAAUCGCUGCCUACAUGCACUACAGCAAGAUUUCCGCAGGGGCAGACCAAGCUCUUAGCACUCUGGCUAUGAGAAAGUUCUGUGAAGAUAAAGUGGCACCAUCGCUGCAGCCCUCCCAGAACAGGUAUAUCUACUACUUCGGGGGUCUCCUGUCGGGGGCGAUCAAGAUGAACAGCAGCCCCCUGUUCCUGCACCAGGUCCUCAUCCCAGCCCUGCCCGGCUUCGAGACCCAGGGAGGGGGAUACUUCCCAUUCCUGAAGAUUUACCAGUCCAUGCAGCUUGUCUACACCUCAGGAAUCUAUAACAUGAACGGUUCAGCGGGCAGGAAGCUGUGUGUCACCAUCGAACCAGCUAUGCUGGUCAAAGGAGACAUCAUGGUGAAGUGCUAUCAUCGCCAGGCUCAGGCAUCGGAGAGGGACGUGGUCUUCAGGCUGCAGUUCCACACCUGCACCAUCCAUGGGGCACAGCUGUGGUUUGGCAAGGGGGAGCUGGACCAGGCAUGCACAGACAGUCGGUUCCCACCUGAUGCCACUGUGGAGUUUGUGUUCUCCUCGGGACCGGAGAAAAUCAAAGGGCGGGAGGUCCUGCGCAAUGACCCUGCGGUCAGCGUGGAUUACAACACCUCAGACCCGAUUGUGCGCUGGGACUCCUACGAGAACCUUAGCCAAAACCACCAAGACAGCCUGGAAGAUAUCUCCCACACGCGGGGGCCUCUGGACGGCAGCCUGUACGCCCAGGUGAAGAAGAAGCGCGGACCUGGCUCCCUCACCCCCAACGGCAGCCCUGCCAGCACCGAGAACAGCCAGCUGCUGUCCGCGAGCAGCGACUCGGGCCACUCCUCCGCAGCCACCGAGAGAUUCGAGGAGCCCCCCUCCCGCCCUGCACCCCCCUCCCGGGCUGAGAGAGAGGAGCUGGACCGGCUGUUGGGGGGCAUCGGAGUGCGAGGAGGAGGAGGAGGAGGAGGAGGAGGGGGGGAGGAGGAGAGGGACAGGGAGACGGCGAUCCUGGAUGAUGGGGAGCCAGAGAGGAUGGGGCCCCUGCGGCUGUGCCGUUCCUGCUCAUGCCGCACUGGGUAUCGGUCUCAGAGCUGCCGGGAGAACGGCUGCUGCCUGCACAACGGGCUUACCCUGGAGAGGAACGGGGGCCACCUGGAGGUGUGCCAUCACCGUGCCACGCUGCACCGCCAGGACGCGCUGUGGGACAGGCAGCAGAGCCAGCCGCCCCAGCAGUCGCCACCGCAGCGCUACCUGCACAGGUCUUACUCCGAGGGGGGCAGACAUCUGUACCAGUACCCCCCUCCAGACUUGCCUCCACACAGGCUGCUGUGCAGAGAGGAGUACCCUCCCUACCACGCCCACCCUCACCCCCACUCCCACCCACCCUCCUCCUACAGGGACCUUCUGAUCCUAGAAGGCCAGCCCCUCAGUCUGGCGCCCCCUACUUGCCCGUGCCGUGACUGCCGCGAGGAAGCCUCGUCAGCAGCUGCCUUCCAUGCGUUGCGUAUAGACAGAGAGGCGGGGCUGGGGCGGGGCCAGGAGUUACACUGGGAGGGGCUUCACCACAGAGAGGCGGGGUUACAGUGGGACAGAGAGGCAGGGCUACACCAGGAGGCAGAGCUCCACCAAUGGGAGGGCCUUCAUCGCGAGAGAGAGGCUGAGCUUUGGCACAGGAGGGCCCGGGCCACACACGGGCCCCAGGCGGCCCCUCUGAUCAUGCCGGCUGACCCCUACGGCCAUCACCACUCCCCGCAGGGUCACGAGGUCGCCACAUUUACCUUUGACCCCCUGCCCCCUGUCCCGCACUCUGCCCACUGUCAGGAGCUGAAGUACAGUAGUGGAGGGUACCAGGCUCCCAGGCUUCCCUGUGCCUACUCUCCUUACCAGGCCGUGCCCCCAGCCCGCACGUUGUCUACUGCGGAGAGUCGGGGGUAUGGGUCCCAGUCAAGCUCCCCCCUACCUCCGCCUGCCAGGACCCCAGGACCCCCCGAGAGCAGCAGCGCCCCCCCAAGGGAGUUCCAGCACGCUCCGCAAGACAGCCAAGCAGCAGACGGUGGUCCGGUGGACAGUGUGGCCUGGCGUGACUCCGCAGCUCAGGGCACCCUGCGUCGACUCCACCGCGAGGCUCGCAUCAUCUGCUCCACGCCCCCUGACCUCUCUGGUCCGCCCACCCCCGUGCACUCCAGCAGCCCCCUGCAGAGCCGAGACAGCCCCAGACAAGCACAAGAGGAGCAGCAUAUCACUGAGCAGGGGCCAGGGAGGGCUGUGGAACCUUCACCCCCUCGGAACGGAGAAUAUCGGGGACCCCUCCCCGAGCCCCAGUGCCAGGAUCAUCAUCCAUCUCCCCCCGUCUCCCAGCCAGCCUCUGCUAGCCCCCUUUCCUCCCCUGUGGGGUACCCCAGUUCUGUCCAGGCCUCUCCCACAACUCCUGGGGGUUCCCCGAACAAACCCCACCCCUCCCCUGCCCGUCAAGUCAGCCCAAACUCUCGGACCACCUACAGCCUUCCCCCCGCCCCUCCUGCACCGCCCAGCAACGGCCAUCAAGAUUGGUCACUGGGUGAGACCCCCACUGGAGCUGGGAAUCCCUAUCCCUCGCUUAGCCCUCAGUCCCACGCACUGCAGGCCACCACAGUCAGCCCCUACGCCACACCUCGCUGCAGCCCUCAAUCCCACACCCCACAAGGCAGCUUCCCCACAUCGGUCUGUCCCCCUGCUGCCCCAGGCUCAAACUGCGACUCUCCCCCAAACCAGCCCUCCCCAGUCUCUCUGCAUGUCAAUGGCACUGCAGUGGGGGACGCGUCCCACAGGGGUUACCCCUCCCUAACAAGCCCUGACAGGACUAUAACGGAGGGAUUGCCUUCCAAUUCUAGCCCUGCACCCCAGUCCCAAACUCCCCCCACAUCCCCUCCUGCUCAUCCCAGCUCUGCACCCCACUCUCCAGCCCCAAGAAGCCCGGAAAGGUCACCCCAAGAUGAGCCUCCUAUCCCCGGAUUCGCAACGCUGGGUCGCCGCUUGAUGCUGGGAUCCGAACCCCAACACUUGCAGCCCUGCACAGUCAGCGUCCAGGGCUCCUCCCCCUUACCGUCCUGCCAGGGGAGCCCCUCUGAAAGUCACUCCUCGACCCCCUCCUUCCCCAUCUGCAAUUCAUACUACGCUGGGCACAACCCCCCGACUCCCAGCCAGUACACGGGGUACACUGCCGUCACGAUCCCCCCACCCCUCGCCGAACCCCAGCCCCCCUUACCUGAGAAGAGGAGGCUCUCCACGCUCGGUGAGAGGUCACCCGGCCCAGGCUCGCCCAAUGGGAGGUCGUCAGCGAUGCGGAACUCCCCCGGCCCCGCCCACUACCAGCACCAUGUGACCUUCUCUCUGGAUCAGGGUGAGGUCAGGGAGGCGGAGCCAGACUCUACUGUCAGUAUCGUCAGUCCCAUCAGCGCCAAGUUUGUGCAGGACAGCUCCAGGUUCUGGUACAAGCCCGUCAUCUCCCGGGACCAAGCCAUCGCUCUCCUGAGGGAGAAGGAGCCGGGAGCCUUUCUGAUCCGGGACAGCAACUCCUUCCACGGGGCGUACGGGCUGGCACUCAAAGUGGCGACGCCACCUCCCAGCGCCAGCGCCAGCGCUCAGGGCAGCAAAGGUGACCCCCUGGAGCAGUUGGUGAGGCACUUUUUGAUUGAGACGGGCCCCAAGGGUGUGAAGAUCAAGGGCUGUCAGAACGAGCCUCACUUCGGGAGCCUGUCUGCUCUGGUGUACCAGCACUCUAUCACUCCCAUCUCCCUGCCCUGUAAGCUCAGGAUCCCAGAGAAGGAUCCCAUGGGGGAGAGCCAGGAGCUGAGCGCACCCAGUAACAUGAGCACAGCCGCGGACCUGCUGAAGCUGGGGGCAGCUUGCAACGUGCUGCUCCUGAACUCGGUGGAGACGGAGUCUCUGACGGGACCCCAGGCCAUCUCCAAGGCGACGGCCGCCACGUACUCACGCAACCCACGGCCCGCGCCAACCGUCGUGCAUUUCAAAGUGUCAAUGCAGGGAAUCACACUGACGGACAGCCAGCGCAGACUCUUCUUCAGACGGCACUACCCAGUCAGCAGUGUGACCUUCUGCAAUGUGGAUCCGCAGGACAGGAGGUGGACAAACCCCGAUGGAACGACGUCCAAGGUGUUCGGCUUCAUUGCUAAGAAACAAGGCAGUGCCUCGGAGAAUGUGUGCCACCUGUUCGCUGAGCUCGACCCCGAGCAGCCAGCCUCCGCCAUCGUCAACUUCAUUAACAAAGUCAUGCUGGGGCCUCACCGCAGGUAGACAGGCCAGGGGAGGCAGGAGCCUGGGACCAGAGAGAGAGGGAGAGCCUGGGGCUCAGAGAGAGAGAGGGGGAGAGCCUGGGGCUCAGAGAGAGAGAGAGGGGGAGCCUGGGGGGUGUGAGAGAGGGCAGGGCUUUGAGGAAGCUGUGUCUCUCCUUCCACAUGUUUUCUCCUGCACCACCAUAUUUAUACCCCAGAUUCACACCUACUGUACUAUAGAGGGAGAGGGAGAGGGAGGUAGCCAGGUCGGUUUUGAAUUCAGCUUGAUCCAGAAUAUCAGAGAAUGCUUUAGAGCCGGGUCCCUCUUUACAGAUACCGUACCUGUCAAAACGUGCUGUUCAGAGUCCCGUUCAACAUUUAACAAUUGAGUGUUCAUGCUCACUUAAGGGUGCAUUCAUUAAGUGAGCACUGUCACUCAAGUGCUGUUACUGAGCAUGACCGCUAGGCACUGCAGUUCAAGAGGUCAUCGAUUACCAAUAAUAAAAACACCCAAUGCAGCGAAAUGCAAAAAGAAACGCAAUCCGUUUUAAUGACAAACCUUUCGACUACAAGUCUUGUGUCUUGUAACUUACUCUGGUUUUUGUAUUUCUAAUGCAAUAGAAGGCAAAGUGUUAGUCUACAGUAUAUGUAAACAUUUCUGUUGGUAUUCUAAUUAUUAUUAUUUUUAGAAUGACUUUUUAGCUUUUUUUUUUUUUGCACAAUGUCACUUUCUUUUGACGGACAGUAAACUGGCGUGUUCACCUCCUACCCAGUGCACAAAGGCAUGAGUAUUCACUCACGGUUCUGUAAGAGGUCCACGACUUCAAACAGACGCUUAAAAAAAACCAACCAAGGUGGCCAGAGAUCUCUUACAAAGCACAAAACUCUGGAGUCAUGCUCAGCAAUACCCUAACCCUAACUAAACAAAGCCCCUCUCCCCAAUGCUCCCUGCAUUCCUAGCCUGUCUUUAGCUGUGUGUGUAUCUGACAAGACCAGCAGUUUCAAGUCCAUCUUUUGUGGAGUUAUACAAGUUUCGGUUUAGCCCUAACUUCUCCUGUGGUGGAGUUUGGGGUAGAUAAUCUUACACAAGAGGAGUCGAUGCAAGCACAGGUUAUGUAGGAUAGCGUGUGACUGUGUGUGUACGUGCCUGGAACGGGAUUAGAGUUAGUGUGUGGACAGCCACUGAGCUAUAGGGAAAAGGAUUAGGGAACAGGGUCAUUGCAAGGGUAAGGAGCGGAGACGUUUUGGGUCAGGGACAGGGUUGGGUGGUGGAGGGGGUUGUAGAGGUCUCCAGGGCUGAACGGGGAGGGUUUGGAGCUGGAACCCCCAGAACUGAGACUCGAUAUCCAGGAAACAUGCAUGGUCAUGGUCCUCCCUUUCUGAAGACCCCUCGUUCCAUGAAACUAAAUGAAUCCUGCUCAAGGCCAUCACAGAACUAUAGGAUGACCCGUAAAUCAGCAUUGGCAAAAUCAUAGAUUACAAACGAUUUAGGAAUUCUUUCCUCUUUGCUUCAAGAUAGUUCACUCCUGAAAUAAAUUAGACUAUAUAUAUAUUCUGUUGUAAUAUGCAGUCCUAUUUUGUAAAGCUUAAUCCAUGUAUUUUUGCUCAGAAUCCAAAUAUCCAAAAAUUAUAUAUAGUCUAAACUUUAAUAUAUUCUGUUGUACUUGUUUUUAUAUCAGCCUUUGUAUGUAGUAAUAUAUUUUAAUAUGAGCAGCUGCCUUGGAAAGUAUCAAAUGGAAGGAAACAUUAUAAGAAGAAAAAUUGAAUUUAUUGUUAUUACUAUAUUUGCUAUUUUUUAAAUCGUAUUACAUGCAAAACAACCGAAGAAGCCUUUCAGUGAAAGUGUAGAAUGUAAACGUGUUAGCGAUUGCGUGCUUGGGGGGUUUGUUUUUUUUUUGUUAGUUUUUCUUAAACCCUUUUUACUGUAUUUCUUCUAAUAAAAAACUACUUAAAACUU